AUGAAUAUUAUCAGCGAAUCUAGACAAAUUGUCCGCGCAUACAGCUUCGAGGUCGAAGAACGAUUACCCCCAGACAGGGAUGCUCACAGUCUGGCGCACGUAUGGGCUCAACACCAAGGAGGCAGAGACGACGUUCGAGAUCCAUGGCGGUAUUUCUUCGAGUCACCUUUUGACAAUGAAGAAUCCAGAAAUUCGAACCCAGUCACCCAAGUCCUCGACGUCGAGACCAAGCAAUUACGUGAGAAAUGGAAGGUAUUCGAAGGGUCUAGCACAGCAAAAGACCGACUGAAUAUCAGAUUAUCCGAACCUACAAUGAAUGGAGUUAUUCAUGCUGUUCAUGAGAUUCAACGGGCGUGGGAUUUGAAGCGCAGCAAUGGCCGGCUGGGCAGAGCCAAGCGACUAUUCCACCAGUUCUGCGGAACUCUCAAAUCUCAUCAGUCCUUUUUAGAAAUUCUGCCAUCCGGAAACGAAUACGUUUCCAUCUUUACUGGAACUCUCAAUGUGUUGAUACAAGCAAGUGCCAACCACGAAAAGAUUGCCGAAGGGCUUUCGGAAUCACUAUGCAUCAUAAGUAAGCAUGUCGAUGAUUGCAAAACGGACCUCGAGUUGUUCAACAUGGAGGACAUGAAGACCCUCAUUGCGGAGCUUUAUGCUCACAUUUUUCUUUUCAUGGGUAGCAUCAUGGACUGGAUGAUGAAAAAGAGGGUCAAACGACUACUUGACUCAUUCAACGACGAUCUGCCCAGCGUUUUUGAGAACGAAAUGAACAAGAUCAAAGGCAUCUCGGAUCGUAUCCGAAACCUAGCGUCGCAGAAAUCUCGAGCAGAACUCAGAUCCUUAAGAUUGACAGUAGAGAGUUCAGCGAGAGAUCUUCGGGCGGGGUUUGAGGGUGAGAAGCGGUAUCAGGCAGAGAUGAAGUACUGUGCUGAGAGUAUCUCGAGGGAGCAAAGUCGGAUAUCAGGAAUGUGGACUGCUGAAAAGCAGCAGCAGCUGGCCAACAGCAUUGUCAAUUUGCUGGAAGAGAAAGCGAUCCGUUGGUUGGAAUAUAAUCAAGCCCAAACGAACAGGCAGGAGUUGUCUUCCACGGCUUUCGUAUCACUAGAUGGGCCUGCACAAGUAUCGGAGUAUACCUCUGAAAAGGUUGCCAUUUGCUCCCGUCAACUCGAAGACGUUUUCUACCGAGACAGAGUACGACUCUCACACGAAGCCUUUGAGUCAAUAAUGGUACCACCAGAGUCAUUCAGGGAAAUCGGUGAUUGGGUCAGGGCACCGGCGCCAAACUUGCUGUGGCUUGAAGGUCCUCCGGUGGAUGGUGAUGAUUUCGAAAAUCCAGUCACAAUGAUGGCACCUACGAUCAUAGCCCUUGCCGAGAGAACAAAGUUGCCGGUCAUCUCGUACUUCUGCGAACUCAGGCGAGGCGAGAGGUUAAGGGAUGGGAACGACACCAUGGAGGCACAAGCGAUGCUAUCUUUGGUUUAUGCACUCAUCAGGCAGCUGAUCGAGCUUCUUCCUCCGUUGCUAGAUACUAUUAUCGACCUUUCGGAGAGAUGGUUUACAGCUCUUGACGGAUCUCUGGGGACUUGGAGCCAGGCCACUUCAAUUCUUGCUGAUCUUGGCGGUCUUAUGCCCGGGCCAGUGCUAUGCAUCAUUGAUGGUCUUCAUUGGCUUACUGAUCGAGGGACCGACAACUACCUUUCCGAUCUCCUGAAGAUCUUACGCGGAGACAAAUGGAAGGUUCUACUGUUUACCACGGGUAGGUCGGUUGUUUUGCAGGAUGAGCUCUCAAGGUCAGAGAUCUCGACCAUUGAUAUUCAUUCAUUUGGGCGUGGGGUGGCAUUGGACCGACAAGACUUUGAUGAAUAG